AACAUCCUGUUUCCACCAAGUUUGUUUCUGUUCUUCCCAGUCUCUUCUCCUUUCUUCUGUUUGCAGAGUUGCUGCAAUAACACUAAGGUAAACAAGAGCCUAUAAGGACAUGCACCUCCCUUGUCCCUCACAGAUGGAAGACUCCAAGGAAAAAGUCAUCCUGAAUAUUGGGGGAGUCAGAUAUGAGACAUACAGCAGCACCCUCCGGACUUUUCCAGGGACCAAGUUGUGCAGCCUAACAGAGCCUCAUGCCCCAAACGUCUAUGACUAUGAUCCCACCACCAAAGAGUUCUUUUUUGAUAGAAGUGCUGAGGUCUUCACCUAUGUGUUGAACUACUAUAGGACCAAACACUUCCACUGCCCCAUUAAUACUUGUAGGUCAGUCUUAGAAGAAGAACUGGCUUUCUGGGAAAUAAAUGAGACACAGCUAGCAUCCUGCUGCUGGCUGAAGCUGAAUAAAAAAGAGGUGCAGCCAGAGGAGGUUAACAUUUGGGAAGAAAAUGAACAAACUGAUGACCAUUGCCUUAUCAUCCAGGCAGAAAGAAGUGAUUCCAACUGGCGAACCAGGUGGCAGCCAAAGAUUUGGUCUAUAUUUGAAAAACCCUUCUCCUCUUUCAGUGCUAAGUGCUUGGCUUUUGUUUCUCUGCUGUUCAUCGUGGGAAUUGUCAUCAUAUUCUGUGAGGAGACCAAGGCACAAUUUGAGUUCUUUACUGCUAACUUCACAUCUGUUGGCUUUUCUGAAGUCUUCCACAACAAACGUGAACCCUAUUACCACCAGGCUGCCUACUUGCUUCAUCUGGAGCUUUUCUGUGUCCUCUGGUUUACUUUUGAGUUCUCUGUGAGAUUUUGUUUCUGCCCAGACAAAAAGUUGUUCUUCCAAAAUCCUCUGAAUGUGAUUGACUUCUUCUCCCUCUUCCCAGUUUACAUUGAAUUCUUUGUGACUCAGCAUAUUCAGAGAAUGCCAAGCCUGGGGCUUUGGUUGGGCUUUCUUCGCGUUGUCUAUCUCCUCAAACUCCUGAAGAUAUCCAAGCUAAUAGAAACACCACUAAUCCUCAGGGUUCUAGUCUACACCCUCAAGUCUAUCCUUAGAGAGAUUUGCAUCUUGCUGAUGAUUUUGGCCUUUGAAACCCUCUUCUUUGGCUCUCUCUUUUUCUAUGGGGAGUUGCUGGGUAUCCAUCCCUCCUACACAGGAGAGCUGCACUUCACUGACAUUCUUGUUUGCUUCUGGUGGGCUUUGAUCACACUCACUACAGUGGGCUAUGGAGAUAUUAUUCCUGUUACCACAGCUGGCCAAGUGACAGCAGCCUUAGCUGCUGUAUUCGGCAUGUUAACUAUUACCAUCCCAAUACCCAUUUUCCUGGUGAAAUUUAAAAGCUAUUAUGACAUUGCUAUCUUCAAACAGAAGCUCAAAAGGAGCAAGAAACAUUAGCACUCCAGAACCACUACUCCCCUCUGCCUUUAUCAAUAAAGCUUCAGCAUGGUUUAUUUCCUUUGGUGGGAAAGGAGUGCAUUUCUUACUGCAGGUUGCAGUAUUUGAUACACAACUGAUGAAACCUGUUGAAUCCCAUAUGGGUCUUUCCCAUAUUGCACUUCAACUCCUGCUCUUUUACAUGUCACACUUUGUCUCAUAUCACUGUUCAGAGGCAGGCUGUAAUGGUGCAUUACAGGCUAGAUGUGCACGACGCAGUCCACUUCCAUGACUUGGGGACGCACCAUAAUCCCUCAGAUGGCUUACAGCCCUGCAUCACUUGCCUCAUUUCAGUCUCAUUUUGCAUGCUAGGAAAGAUUUGUGCAUGGUUCUGCUUCCACAGCAAGGAGGAAGCAUGGAUAUUUUUUUUAAUGCUGUUCUGUUUCCCUAUUUUACCUUAACAAGACAUCACAUCUGAUUUGCUGUGCUCACAUGUUAAUGUAAAGAGGGGAACAGUCUGAAGUGACUCUGUCAGCCUGACAGCACUGUUUGAUAACUUGCUUUGCGGGCUCACAGGAACUGCUAUGACAUUUGGGUAGCAGCAAGGAAGCCCUCCAACAGCAAAUCCUUUUUGGCUUUGCUGAAGUCAAUGGCAACCUUUCCUUGAUGUCUGCGAGAUCAAAAUUUUAUCAGACACUUUCAGUGGAUCAACACCUUUCAAGAGUUCUUCAUUUUUAUGUUACAAAGUUACUGAGCUAUUAAUCAAAAUCUCUAUAACAUUUUUGCUGUUCAAAAGAAAGAACGUAAUAUGUGAUAAUAUAAUUUUUCUGUAAUUUACUUUCUUUAGUAAGACAUAGGUGUAAACUAGGAAUAUGUAUCUUCUAACUAGAUAACAAUUUUAACUGUUACCUAUGUUUAAUUUUGAAAUAACAAAUACUGUUGAAGUAUGAAACCCCCCCCCCACAUUCCAUCAUUUAUAUAGUAGGAUGGUGUGCUAAGAUUGUUUUGUUUAGUAAGUAAAAUUUUCUGUAUACAAU